AGCGGGUCGCGUCCGUGUUCUUGUGCUUGCCGUUCUAAUCUUCAACCAAACCAGAUUACAUAUAUCAUCCACGCACGUAGGAUAUUUCGUGGGAAAGUGUCCACAUUUUCUCGGCACGAAUCCUAAACAAACACACGUGCGCCGAGGAGCCGAACGAAUAAAAGCCCGGUGGACCUGAGAUCUCGUUGCCUUACACCGUAGAGCAUCGUCUCAGAAGUUUGGAAGUCCGUAACUAUGAAGACCACGUUUGCUGUCCUCCUCCUUGGUUUAGCUGCCACAGCAUACAGUCAUGCAAUUGGUCUCGCAACAGAGGCACGUGAAGACCUCCGAAAGUCACUUGGAGCAGCUUUAGAAAACGUUGGUAGGAGGUUUCAGGACAAGCAACCCAUAGAGCUUCCGGCGGAAGAAAAAGAGUUCGAGGACGCUUUAUUUGAUCAGCUUGUGCACGUGCCACAAACACUGGAAGAAGAGGCGCUGGCACAACUCGUGGGCUCUACGGACACCGAAUACGGGUGGCUCAAGAAGAAACUGAAGAAGCUGAAGAAAAUCGCUGGCAAGAUUACUGGUCACAUCUCCAAAGGCCCUCACAAGAACAACGACGGUCGAAUUGUCGUCCAGCCAUGAGUAUUAAUCUAAGCUAAUACGAAUAUUGUACAUUGUACGAAUAAAAUACAUACUGUGCUUGAAACCAUG